CUUAAAUUCAAAAUCAAAAGGCGACGUUUGAGAUUCUGCUGAAUUCAGAGUUGAAACUUCAUUUCCAAUCAUCUUCACCAUGGCCAUCCCAGAGGCGAAAGCCAUGGAGGAGAACGACGCAGAGGAAGCGAAGCGAUUGAUGCUGAAAAUCGCCGCGAUUCUGGACGAGGCUCGAAGUUCCUACGCCACGCACAACCGAAAGCUCAAGGAGCUCUCACUCCUCCGAUCCAAAUCCCCUUCCCCUUCCCUCUUCUUCUCCGCCUUCUCCAAAAUCCUGACUCCUCUCUUCGAUUUCCAAAGGCGCCUCGCCUCCGCCGACCGCGUCGUCUCCUUCGUCUCCACCUUCGCCGCCGUCACCGCCGCCGACGAAUUCCUCGACCACUUCCUCAAGUUCCUCCUCGUAGCCGCCGCCGCAUCCAACAAAACCGCCAGGUACCGCGCCUGCCAGAUCGUCUCCGAGAUAAUAUUGCGGCUUCCAGAUGACGCUGAAGUGAGCAGUGACCUAUGGGAUGAGGUGAUAGAGUGGAUGAUGGUGAGGGUGCGAGACAAGAUUCCUGUGGUGCGUACUUUUGCGGUUAGAGCGCUUUCGCGUUUUGUGAACGACUCUGUGAAUAGUGACAUCCUUGAUUUGUUCCUCGAGAUGCUUCCUCUGGAACAGAAUGCGGAUGUUCGUAAGAUGAUUGUGUUAUCUUUGCCUCCUUCUAGUGCAACUUCUCAAGUUAUCAUUGAUUGUACCUUGGAUGUGAGUGAAUCUGUACGCAAAGCAGCUUACUGUGUUCUAGCUAAUAAAUUUCCUCUUCAAAGCUUAAGCAUUAAACUUAGGACAGUAAUUCUUCGCAGAGGACUUGCUGAUCGAUCUGUUGCUGUCUCUAAGGAAUGUUUUAAACUAUUGAAAGAUGAGUGGCUUAUUAAGUGUUGUAAUGGUGAUCCUUUAGAACUUCUGAAGUAUCUUGAUGUUGAAACCUAUGAAUCAGUGAGCGAGUCUGUCAUGGAGGCACUUCUUAAAGCUGGUUUAGUAAAGCUGCAGAAUGGUGCAAGUAUCCAGCAGUACAUAUUAUCAAAUGGUGACAGGACAGAAGGGGACUUGGUUCAUUGCCCACCAAGAAUUCAGCUAAUGGAAGCAGAGGUUUCUCUUUAUUGGAGGACUGUUUGCAAGCAUUUACAGUCAGAAGCACAUGCCAAAGGCUCUGAUGCUGCGGCCACAAUGGGCACUGAAGCUGAAGUAUAUGCAGCAGAAGCAUCAGAUAAAAAUGACCUUCUAGAAAAAAUUCUUCCUGCAACAGUUGGUGAAUAUAUAGAAUUGGUCAGAGCUCAUACUAAUGCCGGAGCAAAUCAUCGGUUUGCAUCACGGCAGCUGCUUUUGCUUGGUGCUAUGUUUGACUUUUCUGAUGUUUCAAAUAGAAAGGCCGCUGGUGCAUUUCUGCAUGAGCUUAUGUGCAAGCCUCCUGAGCACGAGGAUGAUAAUGAGGGAAAUAUAGUUGUUCUUGGAGAUGGAUUAAGUUUUGGUGGAGACAAUGAAUGGGCUGAAGCCGUAGCAAGUUUAGCAAGGAAAGUUCAUGCCACUGCUGGUGAAUUUGAAGAAGUUGUUCUUGCAAUCAUAGAAGAGCUCGCCCAACCUUGCAGGGAGAGAACAGCAAAUUAUGUGCAGUGGAUGCACAGUCUCUCUCUUACUGGUCUUUUUCUCAAAAAUACGAAAUCGCUGCGCUUUCUUCAGGGCAAGGCUAUUGAACCUGAUGAGCUACUCCAAUCUUUAUUACUUCCUGGGGCGAAACAAUCUCACUUGGAUGUGCAGAGGAUUGCUGUCAGAUGCCUUGGCCUUUUUGGACUUUUGGAAAGAAAACCAAGUGCCGAACUUUUGAAACAACUGAGAAUUUCAUAUAUGAAGGGGCCGCAUUCAAUCAGUAUAGAGUCUUGUAAAGCUUUAAUUGAUCUUGUGAUGUGGCAUGGACCUCAAGAAAUUGACAAGGCGUUAAAGCUCAAUAUUCCAUGCCAAAUGAACAACGAAAAGACGACUUUUUCACCUGUGAACUUUUCUGAUUCAGAAGGGGAUUUAGAUAUUGAGACGCUUGAUAUCUUAUUUAGCGGUUUUGAAAAUGAUGAUAUGGCGAGUCCUUUACCUAGCAACGAAGAUGAGUGCGUUCAUGCUAUACUUGGGGAGGGCUUUGCUAAAAUUCUUCUUUUAAGUGACAACUACCCAAGCAUACCGGUUUCUUUGCAUCAUGUUCUUUUAUCAAAACUCAUUUACUUGUAUUUUAGUGAUGUGUCGGAACAUCUACACAGGUUGAAGCAAUGCUUAUCUGUUUUCUUUGAGCUUUACCCAUGUCUCUCAGCCAAUCAUAAGAGGAGCUUAACGAAGAGUUUCAUUCCAGUAAUGCGUUCAAUGUGGCCCGGAAUUUUUGGCAAUUCUGCGGGUUCUCCUUUUAUGGUGUCUCAGAUGCGUAAGCGUGCUGUUCAAGCUUCCCGUUUUAUGCUGCAGAUGGUGCAGAUUCCCUUGUACACUAAAGAGACUCAACCAGAUUGUGAAGAUAGUAGCACGGAACAUCCACAAGUCAUAGACAGUUCUGCUGAAGUUCCAUUUGAAUGUUGUGAAGAGGGGCUUGCACUACGCAUAGCCGCAGAGGUGGCAAGCUUUCAAUCUAAGAAGACAGCUGCUGAGAAGGCAUAUGUGUCGGCUUUAUGCAGAGUGCUUGUUUUGCUUCAGUUUCGGAAAUCAGAACAAGGGCCAAUAAAAUUUAUGAGGAGGCUUUUACAUCGUGUGAUUGAAUGUGUGUCCACAGAGAAGGAUCUUGUUAAAGAAUUGAAACGCAUGGCUGAUCGUCUCAUGACAAUAGAUGGGCAGCCAGAUCAGGAAUUGUUGCAAGAAGAAGUAAAUCUUAUUUUGGGGAAAUUGGAACUUGAAUGCGACCUUGAUUUGGAUGCUUCUGUUUCAAUGCCACAAACACCAGUUGCACCCCCAGCCAAGCCCGCACGUUCUAGGAGAAGGGUAAGGAUUGAGGAAGAUAGUUCUGAUGAAGGUUCACCUUCUGUGGUUCCUGCUACUCAUAAUACUGUAAAAAGUCGCACACAGAGAGCAAGCAAAACGGCAGCAAUGACCAAGAUGUCCUCUGCCUGUCGAACGCUCAAAAUUAAUGAAAUGGAAGACCUAGAAGAAGAUUCUGAUGUGACAUCUGAAGAUUCUGAUGCAUCCGAUUAGUACGAUCUAGUACGUACUUAACAUGGUGCAUCUAAUGUUCUUUACUUCGUCAACAUCAUGUUGUAUUGUUUGUAAACAUAGAUUGCAGAUUCUGUACAAAAGAGCGCAUCAGUAGUUCAGCUUGAAUUUGAUCGUAAGUCAGUGUAUAUCUGUAAUAGUAUCGCAAGGAAUUGGAGUGAAUGAAUUUUUUUGUGUUUAGCAAUUACUAGCGAUUCCGUUGUUGUUGUUAUUUUAUUUUAUUUUAUUUUUUAAAUCUUGGAGCGCCUUUAUCGAGAGUUAUUGUUGUAUGAUAUCAUGUGUUGGUAGUAGUUUCAAUCUAUUGCUUAAGCAAUUCU